AUGUCUUCCUCUGCACACUGUACCGGGACCAACUUCCCUGGGCGCCUGAAAAGUCCCAUCUGUAGCUCCAACGCUGAGCAAGAUGACCACCAACUUCCCAAGUUUGAGCACUUUGGGGAGGCUGUGGCAAUUCCCCGUGGCCCCUCCCUGGAAUGUGUGAGAGUGGACAUGAUGCCAAAUGAGAACAAGAGCGACCACCACUGUCACUUGUACGGAGGCAAAAACAACAUUCUCAUCGUCCGCAGAGCCCAAGAGUUUCAGAUGACCCUCCAGUUCAACCAGCCCGUAAAUCCCAGUGACAAAUUCCAGGUUGAGUUUUACAUUGGUCUUGAUGCCGACGUGUUGAAUGGCACAAAGAUCAUCAUCUCCUUUGACGGCUCACAAACUGGGAAUUGGACCGGCCGCAUGCUACAGCAACAAGGGGAUGAGUGCGUGGUGGGCAUCACCCCUUCUGCGAACGCCAUCAUCGGAAAGUACUACACAACUGUGGCGGUCAUCGGUUCCAAUGGAGUUUCAAGGACACAGAAGGACUCUGGAACAGACUUCUACCUCCUGUUCAACGCCUGGGCGUCCAAUGAUGAAGUGUACAUGCCCAAUGAGGAAGAGAGGCAGGAGUAUGUGAUGAAUGAAAAUGGCUUCAUAUACGAGGAGGAAUCAGGUGGAGGAAGGCAAUGGUAUUAUGGUCAGUUUGCGGAAGGGAUUCUUGAUGCCUGUUUCCAAAUCUUGGAUGACUCACACAUGCCUCUAGUAAACAGAGGCGAUGCUGUCAAAGUCUGCAGGAUAGGCUCUGCAAUGAUGAACUCCCAGGAUGACCGCGGGGUCUUGGUGGGCAACUGGAGCGAUGACUACUCCCUUGGCACUGCACCAACCUUCUGGAUCGGCAGUGACCAGAUCCUGCUCCAGUACGUCAACAAAGGGCCCGUCAGCUUCGCCCAGUGCUGGGUCUACGCCGGGACGUUCAACACCUUCCUGCGGUGCCUGGGCAUCCCUGCCAGGGUGAUCACCAACUUCAACUCCGCCCACGACAACACAGGGAACAUCAUCACGGAUCUCGUCUUCAACUCUGUGGGAAAUCAGCUUGAACUGAACGAGCGCCUUACCAGAGACUCAAUCUGGAACUACCACUGCUGGAACGAGGCUUACUUGUCCAGACUUGACCUCCCUGCAGACCAGAACUUAGGUGGCUGGCAGGUGGUGGAUUCCACCCCCCAGGAAACCAGUGAUGGAUAUUACCGCUGUGGACCUUGCUCUGUCAAAGCCAUCAAGGAAGGAAUGCUCGGCUWUCAAUUUGAUGGCCCCUUUGUGUURGCUGAGGUGAAUAGCGACGUUUACAAARACAAGCUAAAUACACAAACUGGGAAAACUGAGUUACUAAGCGUAGACACAACUUAUGUCGGKKWGAAACUCCUGACGAAGUCCAUUGGUGGAAACAAUUAUGAGCCAAGGGACAUUACAGAGACGUAUAAAUACCCAGAAGGCAGUAGUAAAGAUYAGGAGACCAUGAAGAAUGCAGAGAGAACCUACAYGACGCAUAUGCAAMAUGACGACGAGCAGGGRGUGSAGAUGACGCUGGAGAUCCCGCAGGAGCGUGUGAAGAUUGGCCAGAACUUCCAGAUGGCUGUGGUCUUCAGGAACCUGAGUGAAGACACACGCACCAUCCAUGGCUUCCUGGUCYGCUCCACCAUCUACUACACCAACAUCCAAAGGGCUCAGUUCAAGCAGGAAACCUUUGACGUCACUCUGCACCCCAUGGAGACGUCGAGGGUACAGGUGGUCGUGCUGGCCCAGAACUACAUGCCCCAGCUGGGUUGCCAAUCCAYCCUCCGCUUUGUGGUGACGGCCAAGAGCAUGGAGAACAACCAGGACAUGACGGCCAUACAGAUAGUGAACCUGAAAGGCCCCGAGCUGGCCUUUGCGAUCAGUGGACCAGCGAAGGUGAACCAGGAGGUAUAUGUCAAGGUGGAGUUCACCAACCCGUUCCCAUUCAGCCUGCAUGACGUGAGGAUGGCCAUGCAAGGGCCUAAUUUUUUGUCAUACCGGGAAAGGUUGUACAGGUAA